AUGACCAGACAGGAAGAUGCAGACCAACAACGAAGAGAGAAACUCAAAAAGGAAUUAGCACGAUGUGAAAAAGAUUUCAGAUUAACUAAAACUGCAAUGCAAGCCAAUUCUAAAAAUAAUUCCGAGUCAUUUUUUAACACCCUACAAAAGGUUAGAGUCAGCAAACUUUUCCUGGACAAAGAAGUGAAUGGAUUUCAGUCCUUUGCACGGUCACUAGUACCUUCUUCAGAGAGACUAAAUCUGCCUAAAUCCAAUAAAGUCUUCAUGAUGAAUGGUACUGAGAAGAACUCCAGUUCCUCCCUGUCCAGCAUGGAUUAUACAGCCUCCGGAGCCAGGAAACCAUGUUCUGGAACCCCAUAUGGCAGAAGGCCCAGGAGCUCGUUCCCAAGUUCCCACCGGUUUCAGUUAGUCAUUUCAAAAGCACCCAGUGGAGAUCUUUUGGAUAAACAUUCUGAACUCUUUUCUAACAAACAAUUGCCAUUCACUCCCCGCACUUUAAAAACAGAAGCAAAAUCUUUCCUGUCACAGUAUCGAUAUUAUACACCUGCCAAAAGAAAAAAGGAUUUUACAGAUCAACGCACAGAAGCUGAAACCCAGACUGAAUUAAGCAGGACAGUCUGUCAGUAUUCCCUGCAUCCUCCUCCAAGGAGUAAAAUCUACUCUGAUGAAGAAGAACUAUUGUAUCUGAGUUUCAUUGAAGAUGUGACCAAUGAAAUUUUGAAACUUGGUUUAUUUUCAAACAGGGCAACUAUGUGUCCUGAAUCUAGCUUGAAUGUUUAUGUUAAAAUUCAUUGUCAGGCAAUAUUUGCCGAAAAAAUGCGCCACCUGCUGCACGUCCUAAAGGUUGACUUAGGCUGCACACCCGAGGAAAACGCAGUAAAGCUAAAUGAUGCUGAAGUGUUGAAUUUACUUGAUUUUGAAAAGCCUGGGAAUUCAGGAAAAAAAGAACUUAAAGAUGAGCAAGAAAUAGCAAUUCAACAGGAACGUCAAGAAUACAAAAAGGCUUUGGAUAUGUUAUUGUCUGUACCAAAGGAUGAGAACGAGAUUUGUUCUUCACCAAAUGAAUUUUUCAUGCCUGUCUAUAAAUCAAAGUGUUCAGAAGGGGUUAUAAUUCAACAAGUGAAUGAUGAAACAAAUCUUGAACCUUCAACUUCAGAUGAAAACAAUCCAAGUAUUUCAGACAGUUUAAUAGAUCAGGAAACUUCUGUGAAUGUCAUUGAAGGUGAUAGUGAUACUGAAAAGGUUGAGACUUCAAAUGAAUUAUGUUGUCUUAACACAUCACUCUCCGAAUCUGUUCAGUUCUCCAGUGUCAAAGGUGACAAUAAUCACGACAUGGGAUUACCAACUCUUAACAUCAUGGAAAGGAGUGUGGAGGACUCCCCUUUGGAUAUUUGA